UUUCACCAAAAAAAUAUAUUAUCGUUAAAAACAACCAAAAAACCAAUUGAUUUAUGGCUGAAGUAGACGUCACGCAAAUCAAAGUGUUUGGUCCGGGGCUGAAGUCGGGGGAGACCGGGAAAAAAUGCCUGAUCCACGUGUCGGGUGCCCCUAUCAGUGUGCUCGACGAGGGCCUGAGCUACUCGGUGUCGGGCCCGGGAGGGGUAAAGCCCGAUGUUAUUACCGAUUACGCGGCGCUUAACGAUGAUGGUAAUUGCGAGGCCUAUUAUUUCCCGUUAACUGCUGGCGAUUAUAAGAUUACCGUCAGGUUUAACGGCAGACAAGUGGCCGGCAGUCCAUUCACGGCAGCGGUAGCCGGAAGUGUGGUUAAUGUUGAAAAGCUUUUGUCCAAAAUAGAAUUACACGGUAAGGCAUACGAGCUUGGUAAGGCAUUUAAAAUGAACGAGUUUGUAGUGGACUGUUCAAUGGUGAAGCCAGUAAUAGGGGGCCUCAAAGUACAAAUAAAAGGCCCAGAGCGAUCGUCGGCCCAAUUAAACAUCAAGGACAAUAAAAAUGGCACGUUCAAAAUAUGCUACAAACCCACAUCACCCGGAAUAUACACCAUGAACAUCAAGAUUGCCGACACCCAUAUACCCGGCUCGCCAUUUCAAGUCAAAGUGACCGAGUUUCUCUCU